CUGGCCCCACAGUCCCCCCCUCAGUGUCUCUGCUGUCCCCCUCCUCUGAGCAGCUCUCUGGGGGGUCGGCCACGCUGGUCUGCCUGCUGAGCGGCUACUCUCCUCAGGGGGCCGCGGUGAGCUGGGAGGUGGACGGUGCCCAGGUGACAGAGGGGGUCCUGAGCAGCUCAGAGGAGGAGGAGAGCGGACGUUACAGCAGCAGCAGCACCCUGAGCCUGAGCAAGGAGCGCUGGAUGGAAGGAGAGCUGUACUCCUGCAGAGUCCUCCAUCAUGGACACAGUCAGAGC